CCAGCCUUGCAGCAGCUUCCAUCCCUCCACCCCCACCCCAGUUGCAGGAUGGCGAUGACAGACUUGCUCAGCGCUGAGGACAUCAAGAAGGCAGUGGGAGCCUUUACGGCCACCGACUCCUUCGACCACAAAAAGUUCUUCCAAAUGGUUGGCCUGAAGAAAAAAAGCGCGGACGACGUGAAGAAGGUGUUCCACAUCCUGGAUAAAGACAAGAGUGGCUUCAUCGAGGAAGAUGAGCUGGGAUUCAUCCUAAAGGGCUUCUCUCCAGACGCCAGAGACCUGUCUGCUAAAGAAACCAAGACGCUGAUGGCUGCCGGAGACAAGGAUGGGGACGGCAAAAUCGGGGUUGACGAAUUCUCCACCCUGGUGGCUGAAAGCUAAGAGGCUCUGACUGUCCCAGGUCUUCUUGCCCGAAACACCCGAUCUCUGCCCCUCUUGCCACCCUCCUGCGUUUCUAUUCAGUUUGUUUAUGUUAUUUUUUACUCCCCCCUGUCCCCUUCGGCCCUCGAAUGACACCACCGUUCUUCUGGAAAAUGCUGGAGAAACAAUAAAGGCUGUUCCAACCAGA